AUGGCGGCCUCGGCGUUUGAGUUUGUGCAGGGCACGGAGCGGCUGGACUGGGGGGUGCUGGUGGCGAUUGACCUGCAACGGCUGGUGAAGGACACAAACGUGGACACCCUACAGCGCAUUGUGGAGAAUCUCGCCUUUGCCCGCGUCACCCGCGACGAGGCGGCGAUGUUCACCCCGGAGCACAUCCUGCACCUCUUCACACUCUGCCAGCUGGUGAUUCAGUACAUCGUGUGCUCGCAGGAGUGUCUGGCGAAGAUUAACGUGCGGCUGACAGAGCGGCUGCAGGAGAUGCAGCACCGACGCGACGCAGCAGAGGCAGAGCGGGAGCGGCUGCACGAGGAGAACGUCAUCCUGCGCAAGGAGGUGAAGGCGCAGCGACGCACUCUGUUGGCGUACGAGUACGCCAACACCGCGGGUGGGGGGAUGUCAGCAGCGGUGGCGAGGGGAGCGCAGUCGUACGUGUGCUCGCAGUGCGGCGACGUCUACGCGAAGAAGGAGUCCCUGCAGUCCCACAUGCGCAAGCGACACGCUGCGGUGAAGAAUGAGACCCCGCCUCAACAACAACAACAACAACAACCGCAGCCACAGCAGGUUGAGACGGCGGCGUACGAGGGGCAGCUGCAGAUGCAGCGGCAGCUUCAAGAGAAGGUGGAGCGGCUGGAAAAUCUUCUGGAGAAGGAGAAGGAACGCAACGAUCGUAUGCAGCACGACAGCAUGAUGAUGAUGCAGGCCAUCGUGAACGGGGCACGGGCGCCGGAAACGACCCCGUCCCCCUCCCCGUCCGUGCCGGCACCAGCGCCAGCACGACAAGCGCAGGUGCAUGCCCCGCCGCUGCAGGUGGCCCCCGAGAUCUCCGCCAUUCCUGUGAUGCCGGACCUCGCCGCCCUGCAGCGAUACAACAUGACGCGGCAACAGGAGACAGCAAACAACGCCAUGCUGCGGAAGAUA